AUGGAGAAAGAGACUUCAGGCGGGACUGGAUGGAGAAAGAGACUUCAGGAGACUUCAUGCGCGACUGGAUGGAGUGGGAAAUCCAGAAUUUCUAUUCGUCGAUUGAGACUUCAAAACUCGAUCUUGUUUCCGAGUUUCCACAGAGGUCGUAGUAGAGCUGUCUUCAGGCGCGACAUUCUCUUUAUCCUCACCUUUCUUAACGGAAACAGUUUGCUACGUGUUGCUCACUUGCUUGUUGUGUUUUGGAAAAUCGGCAAAAGACAAUGGCCGAUUGGAAGCAGGAGAAUCCGCGAGAAGAUUGUUACAUGCCGCCGGAAAAGAUUGUAG